AUGCUCGAGGAGCGAGCAAACGAAGUAGCGCACCGCCGAUUGGAAAAGAGCACCUGGGAGCAGCGGGCGUCGAUCUGGCGAAUGUUCGAGGAGUUUUGCGACAAGAUGGGACUCCCCGCUGUGUCGACCACCAUUCCGCUCUUCCUCGAAUCCCGUGCUUACAAGGGGUCCACCAAGGUGCAGUAUGGAGUGACGUUGAGGACGAUGCUGGAUCCGACGGUGACCGCCUUAGACCAAUACCUCCAGGGCAUGCGGAAGGUGGCGGCGACGGAAGGUGUCAGGCACGUGGUGCCCUUGACACUCGAAGACCUCGGACGGGUCAUUGCGGAGACGCCAGCGUGGCGCGACAAGGUUGUGUGGCGGCUGGCAUGGAUCACGGCGAGUCGCUGGGCGGAGAUCGCCGGGCUCACGACGGACAAUCUGCUGGUGCAACCCCAUGGCAACAUCAUACUGGACUAG